AAAUAAAUGUAGCCUUGGUGAGCAGACGAAACUUCUUUUAAAAACAUUAAAAAUCUUAGUGGUUCCAAACUUUUGGACUGUACUGUAUAUUCCUGAAAAUAAUGUCUUAAUGCAAUUAAUAUGGGUCUGAAAAACAGGCUUCAUCCAACAUAUAAUUUCUUAACUAUUAUUGUGAACUUCACUAUACAGAUUAUUACCUGUAACUCACUUUUUGCACAUGAAAUAUCUGCUGUAUGAUUAAUAUUUGUUAGUGGGAGGAGAGGACAAGCACAUUUUUAUUUGAAAUGGAACAAUAUUUUGGUUCAUGAAAACAUCCCAGAUCAGGGACUCGUCAACUAGGUAACAGAACUAAACCGGCUGAUGUAACGUGCCAUCUGAUUAUAAUCUCACCAUCUAUAAUAUCAGCUUUCAGUGGACGUAGUUUCCAUGUGUGUAUAUAUUUACAGUCAUAUUUUCUGAUUUGAAACCAGUCCAAGUAAUCCAAAUAUGGAUCGUAGUGAAGGUCGUGCUGGACUGAACUCAGUCUUGAUACCAUCUGCUGAUUUUCCCAGUGGUUUUGUGCUGGUUUGAUUUGGUUGUUUAUUUCCUGUACGCUCAACACUGAUGUUUGUCUGAAUAAGUUCAACCAUCUUCAAGUUAGUAAACGUGACACUGACAGGUGCUUAGAGAAACGGAUGCACUUUCACACUUUCACACGCGCAGGCACAGAAAUGAUCGCUAAGAUUGUCGCAAAAACUGUAUUGCGCUUGUUAUUUCGUUCCCUAACUUUAAUUCAGACUCGAUUGAAAAUUAAGGGUUCAUGUACUUAUAAAGGGUAAAUGAUUGUCAGAUAUUUUGCUGUAUAUUUAUUUAACACAAUUCUGCAAAGAACAAGACAUUCUUCAAUGUUGUAAAAUGACACUCCAGGGUUGCAUUUAGUUUUUGUAAUUAUUUCUUUUUCCAUCUAUGCAGUUGUAUGGAUAUGUAUUCAUCAUCGAAUAUACUCACAGAUUAUGAUGUCAACCUGUAACUCACUGUCAUGCAUUUAAUGGUUUUUCCCAUUAAAAUGUGUGUUAACUACACGUUGCAUUGCUUGUUUUGUUUGUGCUCCAGAUAUGAUUCAUCAAAUACCUCUUUCUGUAAUACCAGUAUAUCAACAUUUAUGUCUACGUCAGCAAACAUGUGCUUCGUCUGUCCUGGAACUUAGUUAGACAAACAACAUCCGUGAACACGAAACUUACUUCCUCCUGUGAUGGUGAAGGAAACUUUCUGCCGACUGUGAUGCUUUAAGAAAAAUCACUAUUUGAGGAUUUUUGUUUAUUUUAUUUGUACGCAAGAAGGUUCUGGUAAAGUCCCAGCAUGCAUGCAGUCGAGCCGACAGGAGACGUCAAACCCCGACAGGUGAUUCAUUUCUCUAGUGGAGAGAUUCUGACAGAGGAUGACAGUGAGGAAGAGGAGGAACAACAUCAGCUUCAUCAAGCGCCCAGUGCUUCUGACCAGAAAAACUGGACAUGGAGGGAUUAUUCUCGGUUUUGGGGAAGGCAGAUUUUCAGAACGUCUUUGAGACUUUGUGAUUUUCUUGGAGAGAAAAUGGCUGGUUUACUGGGACUGAAUGCUGCCAAAUAUCAGUAUGCUGUUGACCAGUAUCACAGAGAACAUAAGAAUGAAACGGAAGGAGAGGUUUUGUCUUCAAGCACCAGCGUGAAUGAGGAGAGCAUUAAUCUGUCAAAAAUAGUGAGCAAACAGUAUGGAGCCACAAAUGUAGAGCAACAAACCCUGAAAGAAACACUACAAUAUAAAGGAGAGCAGAAUGAAGGAUACAGUUCUAAUGAAUAAUGGAUCUAGAAGAUCUAAAAGAACGUGAAUUUUAAAAUUGUUGUUUCCUGUUUAAUUUAUGAACAUUAAACUAAAUAUGAAAGGCA